AAAGGAGGACCUGCUGCUGUGUGGAGGGUGCAACAAGUCUGAUGUUGGUUGGCCGGUGAUGACUGAGAUUUCCACGAAGAUGCCAUCAGUGCUUUGUCUGUGGUAACCAAAUAACAUCAUGGAGAGCACUCAUACAGACAUACACCUCUACAGGCCCAUUAGCGAGAGGUGCUGUAUGAGUCCUCUCCUCUCCCUCUGCAGGGGCCCAUGUUUCCCCUCUAAAGCCUCUCUCAGCUGCCAUCAAAGACUAACCUCUGAGCACGAGGAGGAGGGUCCAGCUGAAGUAAUGAACCAGAGUCAAGCAGACAAAUUUGGCCUUAAGGCCUUUAAAGAAACCCUCCAAGCUUUAGACGACUCAUCUGAGAUCCGCUGGCUGACUGAGUUGUUACAGUUGUGUUCGGAGUGCCACGCUUUCAUGAGGAUGGGCAACCAACAGGGCACAAAACUUAACUGCCAUAGUUAUGCAGAGAGUUGGGAUGCUUUAUCAAAAUCCCACAGAAUCCAGAUUCCUCGGAAGCGGAGAAGAAGAGCAGAGGGGCUAGUUUACACCGACAACCUUCAUCGUGAUCUCAAGAUGACACCCAGGACUCCACGGGUGCCUCUAAAAGCAAGGAAACUGACGAAGCUCCAGAUGACAGGUUCUCCUUCCUUUGGGAAAUGGGAUUUUGAGGAAGAGAGGCCGAUCAUCUGCACUCCUGCAGCCAGAAGAAAGAGAGCAAUCGGGAGAGAAAGAGAAGAUAAAAGUGCUUCAACACAGGAGUUUAAGUCAGCCUGGAAAGUUAAGCUACCUGAUGCUUCGUCUGCAAGUUUUUCUAAAUUGUACAGCAAUAAUGGUCCUUUCUCUCCCAGAAAGGAUUCAUCUGUAAAGGAAGACGAUGAUCCUGCUGACUCAGACACUGACAUUUCUGAAUAUGACAAUGAGAUAUACUCCACAUUUAUCUCUCAUACUAAUGUUGAGGCAAAGAGUACUAAGACUGUAAGUCAGAAACCUGAAGAAAAGAAUGCAGAAAAUGUAGAGACAAAGCCAUCUCAGCAGAGGUUUGAGGAGCUGGGAAGGAGGACUGCAGCACAAAGAGUCACGGGCAGGAUUGAGGAGGUGGAGGGGAUCAUACGCCAGGUGAGUCUCACCAGUGCAGAUUGGAUCAAAGAACAUAGCGACAGAGAAGAUGGACCUCAGUUUGUCCCAGAUAGAUGUGCAGGGGAGGAUGUUUCAUCGGGGGCUUUGCAGCAACUUCAUGUUCUACAGCAAAAAUGCCAGGAUGAACUCAGUACUCAGUCCUGGCUGGAGGACCAGGACAGGGAAUCUAAUAAAGACAAGCAGCUGCUAUUGGAGGAGCUCCAUGCUCUGGGUGAAGCUCUGAGCCAGAGUCUGCAGCAGGCCCUGAGGAUGGAGACAGCAACAAAAGAGAAUGAAGCCUGCACAGAAAUUAAGAAGUCAUUUUGUGAGCAGAGCCACGUGACAAAAAGUCCUCUGAAUCCUUCUCAUUUCCCCUCUGCUGUGCUAAAUAAUCCCUUAUUGCAGUCUAUUUCAGCAGAUGGAGAAGUCUCACCUACACGCUCAUCAUCCCUGUCUGCAGUCCUGGAUGUUUCCUCAAGAACAUCCAGCAGCUUAGAGAGACUGUCUCCCAUCCUGUCACCUCUGCUCACAUUCAAUCUGAAGGUGACUGAACAGCAGGAGGCAGAUGUCCCAGAGUAUCACAGAGUGUGGACUGACUCAGUAGAAGAUGCAUUAUUUAGUUUGGAGGCUGGAGGCUGUGAGAGCACCACUACAGUCAAUGGAAGAAGAGAAAAUGAUCAGAGGAAUACAGCGGGCCUACAACUGAAGGAAGAAUACCUGUUUUCUUCAGAUGAGGCUCUGCAGAGGCAGGAGGAGAUCUGGCAGCAGGAGGUUGAGGAAUCUCUCUCUCUCUGCAGGUCACUUUUUCAUCCGUCUAGACCGAAACAUAUCGACUUCCUUCGCAUCACUGCCCUGGAUGAUGACAUCAUUGACACACCCACACCCACACCUCUUCCCAGAGAGCUGAGGCCUGAGACCUCCACUCCAGGAGAAGGAGAGGAACGAACUCCUGGUCGUCUACAAGCUGUCUGGCCACCUUUGAAGGAGGAAAAAGUAGGGCUGAAGUAUACUGAAGCAGAGCACCAGGCUGCUCUCCUGCAGCUGAAGAGAGAAUGCAAAGAGGAGCUGGAGAGGUUACAGGAGGACUACAACCAGGAGCUCUCCAGACUGAGGGUGGAGAACGAGGACAAUGUUGCCCGUCUGGAGAUCACUGUGGCCGAGCUGCAGGCUAAACUCUCCCAGGUUUGGACCCACCGUCCAGGCGAAGUCAGAGAUGUGGCUGUGUCCACAGCAGAUGACUCUCUACACAAAUCAUUCCGUACCGUCUGCAUCCAGACAGAUCGAGAGACCUUUGUCAAAACUCCUGAAGAUGCUUGCAUGAGUCCUCAGCAGCAAAAGGUGACCCCCAAGAAGCUGGACCUGACCUCCAUCAGCUUCAGCCUGGCUGGUCAGAAGGACGACACGUUGUACUUCUCGUCUGCUGUACCUUCAUUUCAAACUCUUCCUUCUGGAGACUCACUACCUCAGUCAGAGCAGCCACCUGCCUCUUCUACAGCAUUACCAACCAAAGCAGACACUCUCUCUCCUCCUCCUCCUCCUCCUCCUCCCCCACCGCCUCCACCAUGUGUAUCACCACCCAUAAACCACACACAGUCAUCAAAUGGUCCUCCACCACCACCUCCCCCACCACCUCCACCUCCUCCAUCCAUGCCAGGUUUGCCUCCCCCUCCCCCUCCUCCUCCUCCAGUUGGGGGUCUCAUCGUUGACAAACCUCCCAGGAAACCGGCAGUGGAGCCCUCCAGACCCAUGAAGCCUCUUUACUGGACCAGAAUCCAGAUCCAGGACAACAAUAAGAGCACACUGUGGAACGUUUUAGAGGAACCAAACAUCGUUAACACCAGCGAGUUUGAGGAUCUCUUCGCUAAAACCACAACACAGUCUAAGAGGAAGCUGCUGUCCGAGGCUUAUGAGAAAAAAGCAAAAGCCAAGAAGAUCAUCAAGCUGUUGGACGGUAAACGCUCUCAGGCUGUGGGCAUCCUCAUAUCAAGCCUCCACCUGGAGAUGAAGGACAUCCAACAAGCUGUGCUGACAGUGGAUCACUCUGUGGUGGACCUGGAGACCAUUGAAGCGUUGUAUGAAAACAGAGCACAGCCAGAGGAGCUGGAGAGGAUCCAGAAACACUAUGAGACGUCAGAGGAAGAGGAAGUUAAACUGCUGGACAAACCAGAACAGUUCCUGUAUGAACUGUCUCAGAUCCCAGACUUCUCAGGAAGAGCUUGCUGCAUCAUCUUCCAGUCAGUCUUCAUCGAUGGGAUCGCCUCCAUUCAGAGCAAGCUCAACACCCUCUCCUCUGUCUGUAAGGCUCUACUGGAGAGUGACAGUGUCAGGGAGGUGAUGGGACUGGUGUUGGCUCUGGGGAACCACAUGAAUGGAGGCAGCAGGACCAGAGGGCAGGCUGACGGCUACGGCCUGGAAAUCCUCCCCAAACUCAAGGAUGUGAAGAGCAGGGACAAUCGGAUCAGCCUGGUGGACUAUGUGGUGUCUUAUUACCUGCACAACGUGGACAAGAAUGCCGGCACAGACAAGAGCAUGUUCCCUCUUCCUGAACCUCAAGACGUCUUCCUGGCAGCACAGGUCAAGUUUGAUGACCUCAACAGAGAUCUGAGACAGCUCGGACGAGAUCUGACAAAAUGUGAGAAAGAUGUCCAGAGAGUUUGCUCUGACUCUCCUGAAGAACACCUACAGCCAUUUCAGGACAAGAUGGAGGCUUUUGUUCUCAGUGCACGAAAAGAACACACUGAUGCUUCCUAUCAGCUGAUGACUGUACAAAAAAGUUUUCAGGAUUUGGUUCUGUACUUUGGACUGAAGCCCAAAACAGGAGAGAAGGAGGUGACAACUGGUCACUUCUUCAUCCUCUGGUUUGAAUUUUGUGCCGACUUCAAGGCCAGGUGGAAGAGGGAGAACAAGAACAUCUCGAAAGAGAGAUUAAAAGAAGCUCAGCUGUCAGUGAAAAGGAUCACAGGAGAGAAGAAGGUUGAGACAAGAAAGAUCAACCCCAACAGCCUGAAAGAGCGACUGCGUCAGAAAGAAGCCAGCAUGUCUUCAACGUAACAGGCUUAGGAAAAACUCAUCACACAACCGUCCUCCACGGAAUGUGGACCAGGAUUCCAUCAAACAUUUCCCUUGAUAAACACAACAUGGAUUUGUCUCCACUGAGUACUCACAUUCAACAACUGAAAGCUUUAUGUAAUAUACUUUGCUACAUAAAAUGUAUUUAAACUUGAAAGGUGUUAAAAAUCUAUCUUCAAAUGUGUAUAGACAUUUACAUUGUACUUGACAUUGUUGCAUUGAUUCAAAUAAAAA